AUUCGUAGUCAGUGCUGCCAAACUGGGCUCGGGGCUGCGCACACGCUCACUGCAGCCAAUGCACAUUGCAAAUUCAAGCCUUUUAAAAACUACUGCAGUAUGUGGUAAGUCCGUUAUUCAUUCAUACUGUUUUAUGUCCACGCUGUUUUUGCUCCGUUCGGAUGACAGGUCUCUGUCGCUGGCACAAUUACGCACAGAAAACUCCACGAUGGGGCAACUGAGACUUUUGGCGCACGGAUAUUUUUCUAGAUUCUUUUUGUGUGUGUGUGUUUGAGCUUUUGUUGCUGAUUUGGAGAAAGAAAAAAAACAUGCCCCACGCUCGAAAUAGGAACCCCAGCCCCAUCCCGGAGGUAACAUGGGACACUGGAUUGAAGGAGAUGAACGAGACGUGGAAGGGGGCGAUAGCUUGUCUCGGUGUGGCCAUCUUCUUUGUCAUGACCAUUGGGAUCAUUUACUGGCAAGUGGUGGACCAGCCCAACAAGAACUGGAUCCUCAGGGGAACUUUGAGCGGACUGAUCUGGGAGCGCAGGAGCCACUCGUUGCUUAUACAGACGCUGACGGAGGACAAAACCUACGUGGAGAUCAACGUUGGGAACGUGGGGAACCCCGACCUGGAGGUUCCGUUUGUGAGGAACCUGUGCUGGCUGAACAAGACCGAGUUCUGUUAUACGUGGGACUCGGUGGCCGAGGUGAAGAUCUCUCUGGAGGUGGACGAGGACCAGGAGACCGAGUGCUACAGUAUGGUCUGGACCCCGGUGCACUGUCAUGUGGAGCUGACGGACUGCUUUUCAAUGAGCAACAUAUCCUGGUACGGUGGUGCCCACGUCCGGGGUCAGACGUGGCCCAUCAACGAUCAAAACGCCACCAUGCAGCCUUUCGUGGUCAGCAAUCUGAGGGACAAUCCGUCCGGCUUCGGCUCAGCGCUGGAGCGAUACUUCCUGGGCUCUUCAGGUGUGGCCGUGCUGGUUCCCCCCGACGUCCCCCUGCAGCUGGAGCUGGACAGCGGUCAGCAGUUCUGUCUGCAGUCGCUCCCCAGUAUGGAGCGUCUCCCUCUGCAGUACACGGUGUGUGUGGCCCAAAAUGUGAAAGCUGUUCACCAAGAAGCAGCUCAACUGCUCUCGCCUGACGCCAGGGAGCUGCCAAACCUGAAGACUCUGUGGCUGCCAUUUUGGAAGCUGCUGGCCUCCGUGGACUCUGGGCCGAAGGUGGAGAGGGAGCUGAGGACCUUCUCUAAUCGUCUGAGGAGACACCAGUUAGGAGAGGGAGUCAUCAGCCUCAAUGAACAUUCCACCACCCUCCUCUCAGAAAUGGACCAUGACUACCUCAAUGGCAGGAAAAAGGGGACGUCCGACACACUGACCAGGGACCUCCCACUUGUCAAGCUUCUUAACAUUUCCAUCACCGUGUCCCCUUUCCUUGGUGUGGAUACCCCGCAGUUCCACACCUCCCUUGAGGAAGGCAAUGAGGACUUCUGGCUCAGUCUCCCUUCAGGCCCCCAAGGACAGCUGAUUCCUGUGAUGAGUCAAUGGCAAGGGAGGUUUUGCGUGAAGCUGAAUGUGACAAACCCUGGAGCAGUGAGCUGGUUCCUGGACCGGGUGGGAUCCCUGCAGGCCCAUUUAGGAAUGGAGUAUGUCGUGUUGGAAGGCAGUGAAGGGAACGUGUUUGAGGAGCAGGCCUUACGGCCACCUGAAGCUCUGACUGGGGAUAAAUAUAUCAGCUUUCUAGCUGACCUGGCCAUCAAGAUGGGAGACUCCACCAUCGUGACCGCGGGGACGAGGUCCAACCACAAGCCGCUUUUUGUGAGGAUGAGCCCCUUGCAGUCAGACUGGAGCUCGAUGGGACUGAAGGGCGUCAUUCCCCUGCUGCUGCAUCACACUCUGCUGGGAUACAACUUCCUCAUUCCUGAUGCAGUAGGUGGCUCUCUGUCAGACGGCUUGGUCACGGAUAAGGAGUUGUUCAUCCGCUGGUUGGAGGUCGCUGCCUUCCUCCCUGUUAUCAGCUUCCAUACCCCGCCGUGGGUCUUUGGAGAAGACCAGGUCCUGAACCUGACAAGAGGCUACAUAAGAAUCCACCAGAGAGAUGUGGUCCCCCUGAUAGAGAAGUUUGCCGAGGAGUGGAAGAUGACCGGGAACCCGAUAUAUCGGCCGAUGUGGUGGCUCAGUCCCGAUGAUCCCGUGACGUUCACCAUCGAUGACCAGUUUCUCAUUGGAGAUGAGAUGUUGGUGGCGCCGGUGUUGGAGCAGGGCGUGGUGCAGCGAGAUAUUUACUUACCAGAUGGAGGCUUCCAGUGGCAGGACAGCCGGGACGCUCAGGUGUUCGACGGCGGGACGUUUCUGCAGGACUACCCCGUGGCGUUGGGCGAGGUGGCCGUUUUCUUACGGAGGAGCUGAGUCCUUGGACCCGCAACAACUGUUUUCAAUUGAAUCUUUUGAUUUCAUCACUUGUGCUGUUCUCAACUUGCACUUUUCCACAAAAGACCAUUGACUGUCUUCAGAAGUAGGAGUAGUAUUUUUAUACUUGCACUUUACCGUUCUAAUAACGAGUAUUUUUCUAUUGUGAAAUGAUUUUUGUUUUUCCUAAAUGUUAAUCAGUUUUACCUCCUGGCUGAUUUUGUCUCUGUAAUUUUUGACCUCUUCUGCUUUGUAAGUUCUGGAGUUUACAUAUUGCCUCUCGAGUAGUCUUUAAUUUUAUUUUAUUUUUGUUGUUGUUGUUGCUGCUGCUGGCAAUCUUGACAAGGAGGAACAAAGCAAGCCCCCGCCCCCCUUGUUUUGCUUGAAAUCUGAAUCUCUCACGAAGACCAAAUGAAGACACUAAAGGACAUAUGAAGAAACUGCUUCAUGGAUGGGAGAGCUGUAUACAGAGACUGGCGCUGAACCACCAGUCUCACUCACACAAAGACUUUUACUUGAACUCGUCGAGCCGAAGAGCUGAUGUUAAUUGAAUGUACCUCACGAUACCGUUUUCACUGCUACUCCAGACAAGCCAUCGAAUCACCCUGUUAGCACUUACAACUGAAUGUUCCAUGGUACUGUAGGCCAGCAGGUUGCCAUGCCACUAUUGAGUUUGUUAGAUCCUUUCUGACCUGCUGUAGCUGGAGACGAACAAAGGGCUGCUGACUUACUUAAUAACUGGUCACAGGCGAGGAAAGUAACACGCUCAGGUGCCUUCAAAAGUAGGUUCACUCAGCUAAAAUAGCGUUUGUGAUUUGAGUUUUGUACUUAAUAAUGAGAACCAGGUCCUGGGUGAAUGUCUUUGCCUGAACCGGCUUCUUUUGAGGUAAAGAAACAAACUUACAGAGAAAGUCAAAAGAGUCCAGUAAAAGUAUUGCUAUAAAUGAAUCCACUAAACACACCGGUUUUAUUAAAUUCCAUUAUAUUUACCGCACAUUUCCGGACUAUAGAACGCACAGAAUAUUAGCCACACCCUCUAGAUUUCAGAAGGGAAAUAGAUCUUGUUCAUACACAAGCCGUGGGUGCAGUGGUGCUGUCUCCCACGUAGAAAGGUCAGUGGCUUCAAAAUGCUUGAAGAUCACUUCUAAACUAGUUUGGAAAAUGGGGUCCAGCAUGGAGACUGACUCAUGAAACAAACUGGGCAAUGUUCUGAACUUGAAUCAUGAACACCUCACAUCUUUUAUUUACAUUAAUGUGCUCAAAAUGCGCUGUUGUCGCCAGCAUGUCUGAAGUUCCAACACCACAGCCAGUCUCAGCUGCUGCUUCUCAUCUCCGGUCCUCCAGGAGAUCGGCUCUGUGGGCGGAGCUGCAGACACGUGGGAGAAAACGGCACAUUUUGAGGGCUUUAAGGUCAAUAAAACGCCUGUGAUUUCAUCGGUUUGAUGGGACAAGGCUCAAUAUUAGCCACGUUGUUGUAUAAGCCAUAGAGCUCAGACCAGGAGAAAAAAGUAGCUGCUUAUAGUUCGGAAAUUACGGUAUUCAAAACUGUCUGACAAUGAAAUGUACAUUUCUGAUCCUCCAUUUUCAUCAUUUGAGUAACUAUAAACAGCCCACAGCGACUGGUCAACAAAGCCUGACAGUGUUUAUCACGAGUCAAUCUUACUCUUUCUCUACCACUAAAUUCACUGUAACGUUCGAGUUUACGUCUACUGAAGCUUAUCAAAUCACCAAAUGUCUUAUAUGUUGUAAAAUCACAUUGAUGUCUUAAUAUCUACUCAAGCUGAAUGUACAAAGGACAAACUGUGAUUUACCCAACGGAGCCGUUCAUCCGAGGAGUGUUGCGCGAUGAUCUGCGCCGUUGCAGGUGAUGCUUUUCUUAUUCCCUGAACCGCCUGAUUUGGUACUCUUAAAUCUGGAUGACGCCAGAUUAUUGCAGCAAUGUGCAUAUUACAAUGACUGUGCCAUUACAAACGUGUUUUUUUUCCUCUUCUGUCAAUCACAGAAUUUAG